CAACCUUCCAUCCGGGAACAUCCCCCAACUGCUUCCCCACCCACACUUUUCAACAUCGCCCGCUUCGUCAAGAUGGUAGACUAUAGCAAAUGGGACGCUUUGGAGCUCAGCGACGACUCGGAUAUCGAGGUCCACCCAAAUGUCGACAAACGGUCUUUUAUUCGAGCAAAACAGAACCAGGUACACAUGGAGCGGCAGCAAAGAAAACGACAGAUUCAGGCAUUCGAGCAUCAGCGCACCAUCAAUGAUGCACUGGUACAACGUCUCCGCGUCCUGAAAGCCACCCUACAAUCGCGGUACGCCGGCUCUAUUGACAGCAAAUUGAACCCAGCCGACAUUGCAUUCCAGGUCAUCAUGGAGUUGGCGUCGACCAAACCCACGGAAGAUAGUCCCCCACCAAGACCAGAAGGCGUGUUCGAUAGCGACCUGCCGCCUCUUCCGACCUACUCGAAGAUGCUUGCGACCAUUCUCGAUGAGGUGAAUAAGACUCUAGACGAGAGGCAAACAGAAAGGGGCCAACGCUACGAAGCCUUCGUUCAGGAGCUUGGUGUGCAUGUUCAGAAGAUUCAAGACCUUCAGGCAGAACUCGCCAGCAAACUUGAUACACUUGAGCAACAGGACUCGAACAAGAUCACUAGCGAAAGCUACCAUGUCGGGUUCGAUAGCUCGUACGUCAGUAGGACCAAACCGGGAGAGACAUCGAAACAGGAGACCAAAGUGGAGCUGCUCAACCCAAACCAUGGCAUGGACGAGAACAAGCUCAAAAAGACUGCCGGCACAGACAACUCCGGAGAUAGCGAGCAGAAGAUUCGGCCAUCUCUGGCGGCCACGCGUUUUGCACAGAUCCCAGUCUCUGACUACCGCGCCAGUCGUGGCUAUCUCCAGUCGCACCCAGAAAUUCUCCAGAACGAGUCAGAUACUGACGGGCUACUCAUCGAAGCCUAUUACGCAAUGAUGGAUCAAGACGACGAGAAGCAGGCCUGGCAGUAUGUCCAUCAAGCUCUAUUGCUGCAAUACUGUCGUACGCUCGGGCCCGACGGUGUUGCACUGUUCUUCAAACGUAUCACAACGCCGGGCCACCAGGCACGGGAGAUCUUCGAGAAGGACGUCGCCGAGAGGUUCCGGGCAAUCCACUCUAUGGCAAAGCGGGACUCCAAGAAGAAAGGUGUUGAGCAGAUUCAGUUGUAUCCAGCAGGCGAGGAUAGUUCGAUCCGGAUCCAGGUUCCACCAGCCGGGAGCGAGGAUGAAAAGGAAAGAAAAGCUAGGAAGAUCUUUGAGCGAUUCUCUCCCGAGAUGAGAGCAGCCUUAGAGAGCGCAUCAUUGGAGGAGGUCAACAAAGUCUUGGCCGAAAUGGUGGCUCCGGAAGCCGAGAAAAUGGUCAGCCUUCUUGACGAGGCUGGCUGCCUGAGUAUUGAAGAGGGGAUCAUCGAUGCCACAACUGAAGAAGGAGAACGGCACUCACAGGAGAUGGAAGAGGCUGCUGUAGCAGAUCCUCAGCUUACCGGCCCCGCCUGACUGCACGGACUGCGACCACUCCUGAGUCUAAGUAACAUGGGGAGAGCUGUUCUGCCUGUCAAGCUCCACAGGUUUAUCUCAGUACUGAGAUUUUUACUUGGUGCUCGUUCUCAAUAUCUUCGGACCGCGACACUUUGUUCGGAUGGUGUGAUGUUGGGGCAUCGCGAGGCUCCCGACCAGGUACUGGUCAAGACCUGCCUGUGGGCUGCGUCAAUCCCCGGCUUGGUCAUCUGGCCCAAAGCCCGGUUGAAUCAACUCCAGAAUCCGGGCUGCCGGCAUAUCCCGAUACAGGAUGUCCUUUAUGCACGAGGUAAGUUUAACUGAGCCAAACUCCACUCAGUAAAGCUUAUCUUAGGAUUAUUCUACCUUACCGUAAGCGCAGUAAAACUCUAUCCUCACGACUAUUCCAGACUUAGGGGCAGCUCAACUCGAGGGAUAACUAUACAGGAAUAAAAGAGGAAUUUUUUCUUAGCUA